AUGAAAAAUAAACUAAAGAAACAAAAUAAACGUGGAUUUUCUUCAAUUGAAGACGAUAACUAUAAUACAACCAAUACAACUGAAAAGCUCAAAAUUAACAAAAAAGCAACAAACAUUAAUAUAAAACCUAAAAAGAAUUCUGGAUCUAAUGCUUUUAACAAUUUACAAACAUUUCGUACAAGAUUACCAAUAUGGAAAGAACAAAAGAAUUUAAUAGAAACAGUAAAAAAUAAUGAAACAAUUAUUAUCAUAGGUGAAAUGGGAAGUGGAAAAACAAUAACUCAACCACGUCGAGUUGCUGCUAUAAGUUUGGCUACAAGAGUAGCAAAAGAAUUUGGAUCAAAACUUGGUCGUGAGAUUGGAUAUUCCGUUCGAUUUGAUGAAAUGACAUCUAAUUCUACUAUCAUCAAAUAUCUUACAGAUGGAAUGUUAUUACGUGAAUUACUUUCAGAUCCAUUACUUUUAAAUUAUUCUAUAGUUAUUUUAGAUGAAGCACAUGAAAGAACAAUGCGUACCGAUAUUCUUUUUGGUAUGAUGAAAAGAGCUCAAGAAAUUAGAAGAAGUAAAAUGAAACCUUUGAAAAUAAUAAUUAUGAGUGCAACUUUAAAUUCUGAAAAGUUUGCAAAUUAUUUUAACACUGCAGCAAUAUUGAAAAUUUCUGGUCGUCAAUUUCCUGUUAAUAUAAUUUAUUGUAUGGAACCGAAAUCAGAUUAUUUGGAUACCGCCUUUACGUCUAUAUUGCAAAUACAUAUUGAACAGCCAGCUGGUGAUAUCUUGGUGUUCUUGCCAGGUCAAGAAGAUAUUGAAACUCUCGAAAAGUUAAUAUUUGAACAUUCUUCCGCAAUUCCACCAGAAAAACCAAAAAUUAUUACAUGUUUGUUAUUUGCUGCUCUACCUACAGAACAACAAACUAAAGUUUUUGAUCCAGCACCGCCAGGAACUCGUAAAGUUAUUCUUUCUACCAAUAUAGCAGAAACAUCUAUUACUAUUGAAAAUAUUUCAAAGAAUUCUGCAGAUCAGAGGAUGGGAAGAGCUGGUAGAGAGGGACCAGGAUUUUGUUAUCGUUUAUACACAGAAGAAGAAUAUGACAAAAUGGAAAAAGAGACCGACCCAGAAAUCAAAAGGUGUAAUAUUGCUUCGAUUAUUUUAUUGUUGAAAGCUUUGGGUAUUGACAAUGUUUUCGAAUUUGAUUAUUUAGAUGCUCCUUCAAGAAAUUUAAUAAAAAGAGCGAUGGAACAAUUAUUUAUUUUAAAUGCACUUGAUAAUCAAGGAAAAAUUAAAGAUCUUGGUAAAAGAAUGGCAGAGUUUCCACUUGAACCUACAUUUUCUAGAGUUCUUAUUGCAUCUCAGUCUAUGGGAUGUAUCAAAGAGGCAAUAGACAUUGUCUCAUUAUUAUCAGUUGAUUCUAUAUUUUUUACACCACAAGAUCAACGUGAAAAUGCUAUGGAUAUGAAGAAAAAAUUCAUUUCACCACUUGGAGAUUUAAUAACUUAUUUAAAUGUCUUAAAAUCUUAUGAAGCACAUAAAGGUGAAGUAGAUUGGUGCGGAAGAAAUUAUAUUAAUAGAAGAAACAUGAAGCAUGUAAUCAAAGUGAGAAAACAAUUAAAUCAAUUAUGUGAUAGAAUGAAUAUGUCACCUACAAAUUCAUGUGGUGAUGAUUAUGAAAUCAUAUUAAAAUGUUUAUUGUUUGGUUUCUUUCGUCAAUCUGCAAUAUUACAACCUGAUAACAAUUAUAAAGUUAUUGUUUCAAAUCAGAAUGUGAAUAUUCAUCCAUCGUCAACAUUAUUUAAUAAAAAAAUUGAAGUUGUAAUGUAUGCUGAAUUGGUUUUGACAUCAAAGCCAUAUAUAAAAAAUGUAUCAGCAAUACAAAGUCGGCCUGACCCUUUCGGAAUCUAG